AUGCGCCCCCACUGGCGCGGUCAGAGCGAGUCAAUCAGCAACGUAACCAGAGUCGAGCCACACAUGGAUCCCGGCGACCGAUCUCUGGGACGGCGGGAAAUCGAUGACGAUGAAUGUCCGAUCAGCUCGCACUUAAAAUUCGGACCCAGUCCCUCGCAGGGGGGGAAGAUGACGAUCGAUGAUAUGAGGUGGGAGCUGGGUGGUGCGGAGGGGGUUCAGCCACGAGCGUGGGUUGUUUGUCACGGGGGGAGUCUGUCAUGUAUUCGGCGUACACAAUGUUUCAAGGGGAAGAAAAGGAGCAGAGAACGAGAAGGAGACGAGACGAAAGUGGGCAUGGUGGCUGGAAACGAAUUCCGUAGGAUGAAGACGAAGAGAAGAAGAGGAUGA